AUGCCAAAGGACGAUGCAGUGGCAGUAGAGGCGGCCAAGGACGACGAGCUCAACGAGCUGCAGCAGCAUCUCCAGCUCGAGGCCUUCGGCGGCAAGUACCUUACGGCACAGGAGAUCCUUCUAGUGCAGCUCUUUCAAUCAGUGACCGACGCAGCCCCCUUUAAUGGCGGGAAUGCAGACUUGAGCGUCUCUGCUCCAUCCGGUGCCUCUGCGUCCCCCAAGGCCGUGAGUAAAGUGGGAGGGGCCACAGCCUCUGGUGCCGUAGCAGCAGGUGCCAAACCCGCCAUGUCUGCGGUGGAGAGAGCUAAGCUGCUGAUGGCCAAGAAAACGGGUGGGACAAGGACGACGUCGUCGACGGCUGUGAAGAGAAUAAACCCCUUGACGGAUAUUCUACGAGGGGGGUCAGGUAGUGUUGUAGGUGGCGUGCACAGUGUGAAAAGAGUCAGGAGCACUAAAAGCGACAAGCCGGGCGAGAUUAAAAUCCAGGGAGGACGCACGUCGAUCCAACUACCUUUGGAGAGUUUUCUGAGGAAUGAAGACUGGGACUCGGCCACAGGAACUCCGUUGGAUUUGGUCCUACCGGAAGUGGCGUUCGCUACGAAUAACACGCUCAUUAUCCACGCGACACUGCCACCAAGAUCGUCAAGAUGCUGCUUCAAUGUCAGCACACAAUCGAGUAUGCUCAGUGGUGCGCCAUAUCCUGGAACGGUGCUAUAUCACUUUAACCCACGCCGUCAACGUGGAGGACAUAUCAUUCAGAAUAGCAAUAUUGACGGUCGCUGGGGCUGUUCGCAACCGCUGCCUCGGUUCCCACUGACUUUUGGUGAGCCUUUCACCCUACGUCUAACGGUUGUACCCACUGGGUUCCUCGUGUUUAUUGAGGAAAUCUUCCAAGACGAAUUUAAACAUCGUGUGCCAAUCCGUGAAGGCGAAAAUCUCGUUCUGACAGUUCCUACUCGCGACGAGAACGGCAACCCAGACGGUGUCAUUGUGCACAGUGUGUGGUGGGGCCACGCCGAAGUGCCUCCCAAUCUUGAUACUCGUCGACGCGGCAGCAACGGAGGAUACCGAGGUGGUGACCGUGGUGGCUAUCGCGGCGGAAAUUCGGGCAGAGGUGGCGACCGGUUCCACCCCGCACCUCAUCCGUAUGAAGUUUAUGUGGGUAACCUUCCGCAGGGCACGUCGCGCGAGGAACUGUCGUUCCUCUUCCAGUACCUGGGCUACGAGACCGUGCGCAUUACUGCUCGUGGAUUUGGCUUCGUGACGCUGCGUAGUGCAGAGGACAUGAACCGAGCUGUCGAAGAUUUCGAUGGCAAGGAGUUUAACGGGAUGAAGCUGCGAGUGUCUUGCGCACUACCUCCGAAAUAA